AAUGUCUGUCACUUUACAUACUAGUCAUGGAGAUAUAAAAUUAGAAUUAUUUUGUGAAUUAACACCAAAAACCUGUAAAAACUUUUUAGCUUUGUGUGCAAAGAAAUUUUAUGAUAAUACAAUAUUUCAUAGAAACAUCCCAGGAUUUAUCAUUUAAGGAGGUGAUCCAACAGGUAUUUAAAAUUAUGUAUUAUAUAUUUUAGGUACUGGUAAGGGAGGGGAAUGUAUUUAUGGAAAAUAUUUUGAAGAUGAAAUCGUUCCAGAAAUUAAACAUGAUAGACGCGGAAUAGUUUCUAUGGCAAAUGCAGGAAAAGAUACAAACUAAUCACAAUUUUUUAUUACCUAUUCAAAGUAGAAUCACUUGAAUGGUCUAUAUACAGCUUUUGGAAAAGUAAUUUAUGGAUGGGAGGCUCUGGAUUUGAUGGAGAAAGAAACUGUAGAUAAUAAUUACAAAGCAUUAAAUGAAAUCAAAAUUUUCAAAACAACCAUACAUGCAAAUCCAAUAGCAGACAUCGAAUAAUUUUGAAC